CUUCCGGGUUAAGUGAGUCUAACCGACCUUGCGGCCCGAGGAGGAGAGUGGGGUUGGAGCGGUGUUCUGUUUGGCAGCCAUGGUGGCGUACUGGAGGCAGGCCGGGCUCAGCUACAUCCGAUUCUCCCAAAUCUGCGCCAAGGCAGUAAGAGAUGCGCUGAAGCCACAGUUUAAAGCAGAGGCAGAGAAAGUGGCAGGAGCCAACGUAAAAAUAGUAAAACCCAAAAAGGAAUGAUGCAGAAGGCCUGACCUCCUAGUAGGCAAAAUUGACAGCUGGUGGCUAUUCUCCUACGCAACUGCUUCCUGCGCUGUGAAAGUUAUUUGUAAAUGUGUAAAUCAGCAUGGCAAUAAACAGAACCUUCUGGAAAUACUUCCCAUGAAUAUUUCCUUACUGAGCAAAAAUGAUACAGCACUUUGAAGAAUUGUGUAAUAAAGCCAGUAUUUAAAAGUU